AUGCAAGAGACGGCCACAGAGACAAUAAGCAACAGUUCACUGAGUCAAAAUGGAUUGAGCAACCUAAGCAACCAAUUAGAUGCUGGCGCGCGCGACGGCAGACUGAGCACUGACACAAGCGGGGAUGUAAGCACAGUCGAGCUGCUGCAUCUCCAACAACAGCAGAAUGCAGUGCGUCACAACCUCAGCCUGCACAAGUGUUUUGUGCGUGUGGAGAACGUCAAAGGGGCCGUGUGGACAGUGGACGAGAUGGAAUACCAGAAGAGGCGCUCCCAAAAGAUCACAGGGAGCCCCACGCUGGUGAAGAACCUGCCCUCCAGCCUGGGCUACGGAGCUGCUCUAAACGCCAGCCUGCAGUUACAGUUUUUCAGUGUCUCUGCUGCUGCGUUGGCGGAGACGUCCAUGCCCUCGCUGCUGGGGGGCGCCGGCCUGCUGACCAGCAGCUCGGCGGGGCCUCUGGCCGGCAGCCCUCCGAUCCUGAUGAGCGCCAGCCCGCCCAGCCUGCCCCUGCCCACCCACGAGGAGCUCAACGGCACGCUAGAGCACCUGGACACCAACGGACACACCAGCCCCGGGUACUCCCCGCAGACUCACCUGUCCUCUAUCCACGUCAAGGAGGAGCCACUCAACAUGGAUGACGACGACUGUCCGAUGUCGCUGGUGACGACAGCCAAUCACAGUCCAGAGCUGGAGGAGGAUCGUGAGCUGGAGGAGGGCAACCUAUCGGAGGACCUGGAGUGAUGGAUGAGCCCCACCUUUUCAACCCUUCUCAGUAUAACAAACCACACCAAUUAUGUCUGUCCAGAUUAGCCACAAGGCCACGUCCAUAGAACAAACCCCCCUUCCCCGUCUCAAACCACUCUGUUACCAAAACAAGCCCAGGAGAUUGGAGGUCAGACUAUUUAUUGAGCAUGUGUCCAGGAAGAAAGAGAAACGGCCCAAAGAAACUCUUUACUGAAGCCUCCGGGAGUCAGUAAGAACCAGCAUGAGAUGUCUGGUUGUUUUUUGGGGGGAAAAACAAACAAACUGUACAAAGCAGACAAAACAAAAAACAAUACAAAACAAACACACACUACAAAGAAAAAAAAAAGACUUUUUUUUGUUUCCGUCUCUCGAGCGAGCAGCUUGGACAACAUCAGGCUGGAGAAACAAGCAAACACAGGCACACAAGCGGUGCGGACGUUUUUAAAAAAACUCACAAGGAUUCCAAACGACCGAGCCUGACUUAUAUAAAAAAUAAUGGCCUCAUGUACUGCCAAAAAAGAAGACAUUUUAUGUUUGUGAAUAUCCCACCUGCAGUAGUUGUUGAUGUUAGAGACAAUUGCUGGUUCAAUUUAAAUUGUUCUGUUUUCAUUUGCACAGGAGUAGUAUCAGAUAUUAAUGUCACUGCCUGUACGUUGCUUCAGAAAGUUUUAAAAACAUUGUUUUUUGUUAUCGUUUCAGUUCUUUUUCUUAACCAUGCCUUUCGGAUAUUUUUGUUGUCCUUUUUUUUGUUGAGUUACAAAAGAAGCGCCAACUGUAAAUUCCCAUUUCUGAAUUCUCAAAGAGAGAAACACCACACGGUUUCACGACUGUUGCAGCUGUCCAAAAAAAAAAACAGAAAAGAAAAAGAAAGAAAAAAAUAGGUCUCUAUCUUUGUGCUGGGACGUGACGUGAUAAGUUGAGAUGUAACUGUUUGUGAGUACCACGCUACUAGAAGAAGGAAAAAAAAACGAAACCAAGAAAAAAAUGGCUUAGGGAUGCAUUUCUGCGUAUUCUUCUACCGUUGUCUUUUACCUCCUCUUUGGAAAAGCUUUGUCUACCUGCAAACAGUCACAGGCAACAGCUGCAAACCAAAGCCUACACUAUCAAUGGCCAAUAGAUUAGUCAGAAGGUACACCUUCUGUAACUUUAACCUAUUACAAAGAGAAGCUUUUUUUGUUUGUCUGCUAACUACCUUUGAUGAACCUCUGGGAUUGUCUCUAAUACCCUGUACAAAGAUUUUCGGACAGAGGAGCCGAUUUUAAAUGUAUAAUUUGAUGAGGAGUCGUAGAGGGUCCACUUUUGGGAGGGAGUUAUAUUGUGUGUAUUAGGGGAGGGGAAUUGUUGUCGUCUAGCCGAAGGUACAUAUUGGGAACCAUUAAUGAGCAGCUAUAGAUGGACCAUGACCAAAACUAAUAUUUGUGUAUCAGUGGAAGUACAAAAAACAUGUUGUUGUUGAUGUUGUUGCUGUGGAGAUAUUUUUUUUAUUUUAUUUUUUCUGUAUCACUUUUUAAUUUGUAAUUUUUUUAUUUUUCUAACUUUAUUCUUUGUUUUUGAUCACUUGUGUUGCCAUUGUGUUAUUGUUUUUCUAGUGAAUGUGUACUGUUCUGUGGGACUGUCAAUGAAACGUCACGUCUUUCUAUCGCCAUUCUGCCAGCGUAGGGCUGGUCGAGCGCAAAACCGAAACUGAAAAAAAAAAACAUUGUAACCAAACAUUUUAUGAUAUCUAGAUAAGCCAAAAAAUCAAUUUUCUCAAGUUGUGGUAAGACGCGAUGUGGCUUGGUCAUUGUGUAAAAGCAAAUAAUAAUAGCCAUUAUAGCGAGGGUUCCAGAGGAAGAAAAAUACAAUUCUUUUCUAGGUGAUUUUUGCUUCAUAGCACGACAUUGAGCUCUGUCUGUAUAAACCAGCCUGUCGACUGCGGAGACUCACCCUCUGUCAGCUGUGAGGCCUCAUGUCAUGUUUGAGGUAAAGGAACAGGUUGAUACGUACAUGUAGCUGUGGUUGCGGUAUGGUUUUUCUAUGUAGCGAAUAUCAUCUAGAAAAGUGCACGUCGCUUUAACACUCACGUUUCUUCAGUCAAACCAAAGUAACACAAAUUCUGCCUCUACGUAUACGUGAUAGAACUGCUUCAACUGUGCACCAGAUCGAAAUCUCGCACGCAGUCCAGUUAGAUAUUUUUUGUUUAUUUACUUUAAUUCUUUUUUUUUCCUUUAGCUUUUUUCAUUUUUCUCUUUUUAGUCUGCCGACUUUCCCGGUCCUCAUUCAUGGCCAACUACCAAUGCAGAAGGGUGUCUACAACCUAAAAAUGCUUUGUAUUGUAUUUACAAUAUUGAUGUGUGUCUACUUUAAAUGUAUGGGGAAAUUCCGUGCAUAUGUUUGAUUUCCAGUGUGGUGCCACAGUCAAGAGGUUUGAUGAUAGAGCUUAGUGUGAGUGUGCACACACACACAAACACACACACACCCACACACACACACACACACACACACACAGGCACUUAUACACACACACACAGGCAAUUGUGUACUUAUAAAGUACACAAAUAUAAAUGCACACUUACACAUGCUCAUGCACACAUACAGACACACACACAGACACACACACACACACACACGCACACACACACACCAGUUCCACUCAAAGACGGAGCUGGGCCCAGGAACAAAGCUUAUUCCUCCCGAUUUGCUGGAGUCAGCGAAUCGACUUGAAAACGACGUUCAUAAUAAUCUUAUCACACCAAAUAUACGGACGCCGUGUCUUUCAAAUAAAAAAAGGAAGGCUUUCUCCCACCCACUUACCCAAAAAAAAGGCUUUCUAAAGAAAAAAAGCUUCUACCUCUGCACAACGAUAUAUAAUUUUUUUUUUUCUUUCCCAACAAUUACGUCAGAUUGCACGUCUAACCCGAACGCCACAAGAGCUCUCUUUCUUCACUCUGCUCUCUCUCUGCUCUUCUGGGCUGGUCUCCAUGGACACGGCCGUCAGGCGGUUUACAUUCCCUGUGUCAGACCUGGCAGAUUUGCUUUGUGAAAAGUUGUCCUCGAACAUUUGUAGAAUGAUUAUGUAAAAAAAAAAAAAAAAAAACUCGACCUGUAAGGGGAUAUUGUGUUUAAAAAAAUGCAUGUCUAAACUCAUUUGGUGGACUGGAAAAAGCAUCUAAAUGUGAAGCAUUGGGAUGGUGGCCUACUGUUAGCGUACCAUGCAUAUGAAUGCAUACCUCAGCUGUGUUGCUUUGGAAAGGACAAAAAUGACUCUACCACAGAAUGCAUAUAACCUGUAGAUUUUGCAUGGGUUUUGUAAAAAUGAACAAAAAAAAUAUUAAAAAAGACAAAAAAAAGAAAAAAAGUCUAAAAUAGUUGCUUGCACACAAUACCAGGAAGACCUCCAGAAAUGCAGUCUGCUCCCUCUCUAGAUAUUAGGAUUGUCUGGGAUUCUUCUGGGAUGAUUCGUCUGUAUUUUGAUAAUUGUGCAUAUUAUGUAUAAAAAACAUUGUUGGUGGACCCAUAAAAAUUUACCAGACAUUUUUUUUCUAAGCUGAGAAAAAAAAGAAAUCAGUGUUUCUUUUCUGAGUUUCAUGAAAGAUUUUUACUGUUCUCUCUCUCUCUCCCUCUCUCUCUCUCUCUCUCUCUCUCUCUCUCUCUCAUUGCUUGCUAAGACUAGCAACCCUGCUUUCUUUCUGCAUCUGCUUUGCGUAGCUGUAAGGCUUUAAACUAAUGUGUGUAUUUAUUGCUUGUACCUCUGUGAAUACGUUAUGAAGCAUCAUGUCUGGCCGUUGAGUCUCAUAUCCUUUCUACUCUCUAAUAAUCGGGAAAAUGAUCCCCUGUGUAUACAGUAAAUUGGAACUGUAGCAAAAAAUGUUUAUGUAAUUGGUGAAUAACUUUUUUUAAUCGGUCUUUAUAUUUUUUUGUUUUGUUUUGUUUGAUUGUUUUCAUUCUCUUGUUUUCAUUUUUUUAUUUUGUUUUGAUUGAGGGUAACUCAUUUUUGAUACUUUUCAUUACCGUGUACUGUGUCCAUAUGUUUAAGAUAGGAGAGUAGAGGUCAUCAUUGAGAGUCGUAAAAAAAAAAAAACAAGCUGUUAUUAUUUUCUGUAUCCAUGGCUUUUUUUCACUGCUGAAGAAAAAUAAAGGACCAAAACUUAGGAAAUUUGAAAAAGCAACUGUCUACCUCG